UCGAGAAAAGCAUUACUCAAUCUAUCCCUAAAUGAGUAUGUAGACCUAAGUGCGCGCACGAAUCUGUACUUUGGAAAGCCUCGGCGGAAGUGUGAUGCCACAGAGCGCAGCUUGUCCGUGAUGAGACGGCCCGUGCACAAUCUGAGGAUAAUCGCAGGUGGAGAGGCCGGUGGUGGGAGCAGGUGUCUUGGUUGUGGCGGAAACACGCGUUAAUCUCGCCCGGGUUUUUUUUUUACACAAACAUUUUGCCCUGGAUCCGAGUCGCCGUUUUUUUUUUUCGCGUUCUCUGCCCUCGAUGAUCCACAAUGCGGUCCUUGGCUUGGUUCAUCGUCCGAUGCGCUCUCAUCCACUGCGCGCACCGGCUGACCGGAGCUGCCGAGGGACAGCGGCGGUGCAGUGAGACGGACUACUACUACGAGUACACGGAGUGUGACAGCACUGGAUCUCGGUGGCGGGUGGCCAUUCCGCAGAGUCCCGGGGCCUGUGCAGGACUACCAGAGCCUGUCCGCGGCACAGAAUGCACCUUCUCUUGCAAAGCUGGAGAAUUCCUGGAGAUGUCAGCCCAGGAGUGCACCCCGUGCGCAGCAGGAAGCUACUCUCUUGGCAGCGGUAUCCGGUUCGACCAAUGGGAUACCAUGCCUGCAGGAUUCAGUAGUCUGGCAACCUCCGUGGAGAACAGUCCCCGUAGAGACGACAGGCUCUCCUGCAACAGUUCAUCAUGGGUGCCUCAGGGAAAUCAUCUUGAGUCCAACAGGGAUGAAUGCACAGUGUCUCUCAUCUAUGCCGUUCAUCUGAAGAAACAGGGUUCCAUCAGCUUUGAGUAUCAGUACCCAGACAACAACCUGUUGUUUGAGUUCUUUAUCCAGAAUGACCAGUGUCAGGAGAUGGAUCAGUCUGCUGAUACCAAGUGGCUGAAGCUCACCAAUCACGGUGAAUGGGCAACCCACACGGUGGAUUUGAAAUCUGGUACCAACAUCCUCUAUUGGAGGACAGGGGGUGUUUUGAUGGGCACUAAAGUGGUGAAGCCAGUUCUGCUGAAAAAUGUUCAAAUUGAAGGUGUUGCUUAUACAUCAGAGUGUUUCCCAUGUAGUCCAGGGACGUUCAGUCGGGUUCCGGGCUCCUCCAUGUGCGAACGCUGCCCUCGGGACACAUUCUCUGGCCAUGGAGCCAGUUCCUGCACGCCCUGUAACACCACCACUCAGUUUGCAGCUGAAGGAUCAGCUGUAUGCAAAGACAGGCCACCAUGUUCCAAAAAAGACUACUUCCAGAUCCACACAGCAUGUGACCAUGAUGGCAAGACGCAGGUCAUAUAUAAAUGGAUUGAACCGAAGAUCUGUCUGGAGGCUGUCCCUGGAGCUCAGAUCUUGCCUGCAAGUGGGGAACGUGAGCCCUGUCCGCCCUGUAACCCUGGUUUCUAUAAUAAUGACACGGCCACUUGCUCUCCUUGCCCUCCUGGAACCUACUCUGAUGGAAUGAAACCGUGUCAGCCAUGUCCAGCAGGGACAGAGCCCUCUUUGGCUUAUGAGUAUAAAUGGUGGAACGUUCUUCCGUCCAAUAUGAAAACCUCCUGUUUCAAUGUGGGAAACUCCAAAUGUGACAGGAUGAAUGGUUGGGAAGUUGCAGGCGAUCAUAUUCAAAGCGGAUCAGGGAGCUCGGAUAAUGAUUACCUCAUCCUCAGCAUCCAUGUACCUGGCUUCAAGUUGCCUACGUCAGUUUCAAGUCACUCAGUGACAGAAUUUGGUCGCAUCACAUUUGAAUUUGAAACUGUGUGCACAGCUGACUGCGAGCUCUACUUCAUGAUGGAUGUCAACAGGAAGAGUACCACAGUGGUGGAGUCAUGGGAGAAAAUGAAACCAAGACAGACAUACACACACAUCAUGACCAAAAAUGCUUCGGUUUCUUUCACAUGGGCGUUCCAGAGGACUAACCAACUUUCAGAUAUGCGCCGGUACAUCAACGACGUGGCGAGGAUCUACUCCAUCACCGUGAGCAACGCUGUGGAUGGCGUGUCCUCCAGCUGCCGGAUCUGUGCCCUCAGCGCACAGCCCUCCAGCUCCGCCUGUGUGCCCUGUCCGCCCGGGCACUACAUAGACACACUCACCAGCCAGUGCUUGGAGUGCCCACCAAACACUUACCUCAUCCCUCACGCCACCCCGGGAUCUGAAGCCUGCAAAGUCUGCGGGCCGGGUAGCAAAAGUGACAAGGACCAUAGGUUCUGUUACAAUGACUGCCACUUCACCCACACAGAGGGCAACACCACCCUGACUUUUGACUUCAGCCUCCUGGGGUCUGUGGGGUCACUGAUGAAUGGUCCAAGUUUUACUUCCAAAGGAACCAAAUAUUAUCAUCUGUUCAAUAUCAGUCUGUGUGGAGGACAGAAUCGGAUGGCAGUAUGCAAAGACAACGUCACAGACCUGUCAGUGUCCGAGUCCCAGAGGGAGAAAGGAGAUGGUCCCAGUGCUGUUAAGACCUUUAUCUGUCAGUCAACAAUAAUCCCAGCUACCGGACGAGGCUUCCACACCGCACUCUCAUCCCAGUCCAUUAACCUGGCUGACACAUUUCUUGGUGCAACUGUAGUCGAUAACCUUGAAGGCGUAAGAACAAUUCCAGACCUGUAUCCCAAGAUGUCAAACAAAGUCCCUGACAUCAACUUCUACUACAGAUCCUUGGAGACGACAUCGUCUUGCGAGUCAGGUCGGAGCACUGUGGUUAGUCUUCGCUGUGACCCAGAUAAGAGCACGAAAGGGCAGCUCUCUGUGCCCAGUCGGUGCCCUGCAGGAACAUGUGACGGCUGUGCCUUUCAUUUCUUAUGGGAGAGCUCAGGGGCUUGUCCUACAUGCACAGAGAGAGACUACCAUCAGAUAGAGGGAGUCUGCAAAGGAGGACACCAGGACGUGGUGUACGUGUGGACUGAACCAAAGUUGUGCAUGGGAGGCGUGACCUUGCCUGAAAAGAAGACGUUGCCCUGUGAGGGGAUGGAGUUCUGGAUUCGGCUUGGUGCAGGGACGGGGUCUUUCACUGCCGUGCUGCUCGUCUGCCUCACCUGUUACUUUUGGAAGAAGAACAAAAGGUUGGAGUACAAAUACUCCCGGUUGGUUAUGUCUGCUAAUAAGGAGUGUGAAAUGCCAGUGGCUGACAGCUGUGCUGUGAUGGAGGGCGAGAACGAGGGAGACAUGGAGGAUGAAGUUGUGUAUACAAAACCUUCUCUACUUAGAAAACUCAAAGCCAUAGCCUCCAAGGGAAAUGGUGAGAACUAUGAGAACGUUCAGCUGAACUCGUCCCAAUCAAAAGCGCUGGUGUGGAGCUAG